AUGCAAACUAGAAUCAAUGAACAAGAUAAUGAGAUUCGACAGUUGAGACAGCAGGGUGCUCCCGCAGUGCCUGCUCCAGAAAUUCCAGUGGCACCUGCCCCUGCUGUCCAGGCCGAACCAGUGGUGGCAGUGAAUUGGAUGGAACCUCUGUAUGAAAGUAAUGAUUGGGUGGUCUGUGCCACCUUCCAGUUUCAAGAAGAUGCACUGGUCUGGGGGGACAUGGUGUCUAUGAUUCAGGAUGUUACGACAAUGACCUGGGAAAAGUUCCAAGAACUUUUCAAUGCAAAUUAUUACAAUGAAGCAGUUAGGAGUGCUAAGAGAAAAGAAUUUACUCAUUUGACUCAGAAAGAAAAUAUGAGUGUUACUGAGUAUACAACGCAAUUUGACCGUUUGGCGAGAACCACUUAUGCGGAAAUGGCGGAUACGGCACUGCGAGCUGAGGGUGUAGUGGGAUGUAUAAUUGAGUCUGGCGGGGCUCCUACCCCUCCUACAUCAAGUUUUAGCAGGGGAGGGCAUUACAAGAGGGAUUGUCCCCAGCUCAAAAUCGAAGCACCAAAGACUGCAGCGAAACCCAUUCCGGCCAGGGUGUUCGUGAUAACUCAGACUGAUUCAGAAGCCAGCCCCUCUGUGGUAACAGCUUUUAUGGAUUUGAUGAAUAGGGUAUUCGACGAUUUCCUCAAUAUUUGUGUUAUUCUGAAGCAGAGGCUAAUUACAACUCCAGUGUUAGCUCUGCCUUCUGACAGAGAAAAGUUCGUGAGGUGUUGGUUAGAGGUGGUUAAAGAUUACGAUUGUGAAAUCCUUUACUAUCCUGGGAAAGCUAAUGUAGUGGCUGAUGCCUUGAGCAGAAAGGGUCCCAGGAAGGUAGCUAGCGUGAUUCAAAUUUCACCUCAGUUAGCAGAGGAUAUGGUCAGAUCAAGCAUCGAGUUUGUUGUAGGCAAACUUCAUAACUUGACGCUGCAGUCAGAUUUGUUAGAACGUAUUAAAGUUGCUCAGCUAACCGAUCCAGAGCUAAUGAAAGUCAGAUAG